AUGGAGCCGUUGACCCUCCAGUUACGGCAUGGUGAUGAGGAAACAAUCGAAUGCUGGGACGACGAUGGUGAUUUACAAUGCAUUGAAGAUAUCCAAUUUCGCACCGCGUCUAGCGCAACAUCUGUCACUAAUUCUUCCGUCCGUCGGUCUGGACACCGAGACUCGGUUUCCUCCCGUCGUUCUGCUCGCUCCGAUAUCGACUCCAAUGCAGGUGGCGAUGAGGACUGGCAGGUACAAUUACAUGAGAACGAUGAUCCUGUGAAUGAAGAGGCUAUUGCUUCUGCCAAAAGCGCCGGCAUCCCCUUACCGACGAACGUUCCCAAGUCGGCUCUCAUCGGGGGUACGAUCAAACGUCUUGGACGGAAAAAACCCAAGAAGAACUUUGUUGAUGAUUGGUCCGAAGAUGUCGAACUUCCAGGUCCAGAUAGUAUAUUGCAACUGAAAACUCCCCGGGCGACAGUUUUUCCGGAUUCGCUUCGACACAUCAACUCUGCCGCCACGAGCCCGGUGAAAUCUUCAGCUUCGCCUUUCUGGAACGAUGAUGUGUCAGUACGUCUGCAAUCAUCUGUUACAACACUGAAUAGAUUUCGAGAUGAAUAUGACACUGGUGACAUAGAAGAUGUGCCCACAAUCAAGGUUGCGAAAUCUCGAUCUCCACAGAAGGCGGUCCCCAUAAGCGAUUUCAGACCUAGCAGUGUGGAACAGGACGUGGAAAAUUUCGAUGAUGAUUUCGAACUGCCUGCGGAUAACUGUCCUCUACAACUUUCGUCCCGAAAAACUAAUACAAGGAACUUGAGCCCUGCCCCGGAAGAUUUUGAUGUAGACUGGUCUGAAGGUAGUAUUGGGGUCCGGUUUGGCGGCACCGCGAGGGAUCGUCGAUCUAACCCAAGCUCCACGGUAUCUGUCGUUAGCCCCAGUGUUUCGAGCUGUUUGACUGGUGAGAGUGAGGACGACGGCUUAGAUGGUCUCGUUAUUCCAGAAGGUCCCUUGAAUUUAGAAACGUCUUUGAAAAGACAACAAGAUCCCAAACUUACGAGCGUUGCGAGCCGUUCCAGAUCAGCUCAAGACCCGGCUAACACGGAUGAUUUCUUCUCUGGGAUUGAGAUUGAAGGCGACGAUGUUUUUACACCAGGAAAAUUGUCACUUAAUCCCAACGUCAAAUGCAAAACAGAGCGCCCUGAAAGCCCGGUACGUCGUUCGGCAACUACCAUCACUUUCACCAACACAGCAGUUUCUCCAAAAACUCGAAUCCCACGUCUUCCGGGCCAUGACCGUCCGCACUCGACACACCUUGAGACUGUCUCAGAAAGUGGUGCGCCUCUGUCUACUUUUCGGAGGUCACAGUCACGGCUUGGGGGUCAUUCCUCGCAUUCAUCCAUAUCCAGUCUUCCUCAUUCUGAAACCACGUCAGUUUCGCCUACUCCCAUAACACCUGGCCGACGACUCGUUGGGACCCGAGUUUCGAAAAACUUGCUGGCUGACGAGCGCGCCCCAGCUGGCAAGCAACUCUUGAAAAAUAAGCGAUCAAUGCCCGCCAUGCGCAAUAUACAUCAGGUCACCUCAACCUCAUUCCAAUGCUCGCCGUCUGAAGACGGAACAAGCCGGUUUUUAAACUCUAGUACUCGCCCCAAAACUCCCGUUGAUCUCAUGGGAAAUGACACCAGGCCAUUGACCCGCAGGCUCCAGGCGCCAUUCAUACCGGCAGGUGCAUCGGAAAAUCAAUCACACCAUGCCAAAGUCAAAAGUUACCGGAAUUCACGCCGUACAAAUUCGGAUAGCUCCGGGGAUAGCUUCAGUCCACAAGGGCCCGUAACCCGACUACCACGGCCAAUUCGCCCAGAACCGUUUAGCAACAAGUCUAAUCAAGAUGCCUUAGCGGGCACUACAAAGCGUACUCUUACCAAACCAACCCGUCGACGAAAUUUUGGGGAUGGCACUGAAUUGGAAUCAUUUGAUGAUUUGCCUACCUCUUUUUCAGCAGAAAGCCGAUUUGUCAAGCACCCUAUCGGUCGUGGGGCUCCAAGAUCUCUCAAAAGUAAACUAAGUCAAAGUCGGAUUGUACAGCCACCGAUGGGUUCUCCACCUCAACCUCGCACGCCAGUGACACCUAAACCCCAUGAUGUUACUCCGAGGUUCGCACGCGACACCAACGCUUCAAGAAAUGCCAGGGAGCAGCGCAUUGCAUCGAUGACCAUGAGCUUAAAAACUCGUGAGAACAAUCCACUUGCGUCGCUCAGUUCGAACUGGAAAGCUCAAACGAUCUCGCGGAUGCCUUCGAGCUCCGCAUCGAUCAGAAGCAAGAAAAGAAAACCUGCCAUGGUAUCAGGCAAAGAGCCCCAUUUGAUAAAGCCCAUGGGCGCUGGUGUUCAGGAGGCUAAAUCCGUGAAUGGCAUGCGUUACAAUCCCGUCACAUUUUGCUGGGAGGGGAAUGAAAACUUGGUCCAGGAUUUUGAUGCUGCCUCGCCCAAGUCUCCAAAACCAGCACCUGCCCUUAUCACCAAUGUUGGUGCAAUGCAAAAUGUGCAGGUGGUUGGGGGUAUGGUUUUUGAUCCACGACGCAUGUGCUGGCUAAAAUUGGCGUCACUGCAGCCUGGGAACAAUGGAUUAGUCGCGGUCCAGGAUGAGGAUGAUGUAUUUGCCGGUCUUGAUGAUCUGGAAGAAAACGCUUUAAGCAGCACUCCCUGUGCACGAAGCUCUGGAGCUUUUGAUGACCUCGGUCUUGCGACAAGCGGGGAUGAAAGAAGUGGUGGGGAGGAGUCAGACGAGUGGCCUAUAACAGAAGAAUUUGAUGUUGGGCCAGAAUUCAUUCGACGCCAGCGGGCAGAAGAGGAGAAAUGGAGACGCAAGGUCGAUAAAUGGGUGUGUCUCGGUCAUGGUAAUUUGGGGGAUAGCUGGAGAUGGACUAUUCGAGAUUUGGUAGGGUUCAGCGGUGCCCCAGGGGCUCAACGAUUCAACGACAACUAA